UGACUCGUCGGAGCAGUAAUUUGUUUUGAUGUGUUCUCUGUUCAGGCUUUUGUUUUCGAUGAAGAGGAAGUCAGAGCUUUCAAGCUGUAAAUAUUGAAGUGGAAAAACAAUCUGAUGAAAGGAUCAUGUAUUUGCAUAUAAAACACGUGGACUCGUUUACAGCACUAUGAUGUGUUUAUCAUUGCUUCCUGUUGGCUCUUCAUUUCUCAUUCUUGGACUCCCUUCCAGAAGACUUAAGCUAAACAUCACUGGUAUCUUGUGUUUAUGUGUCCUUUCCCUGUUUCAGUCUCCACCCCCCUCACUCGUCAGUCCCCCAGCCCACCCCCUGGCUGCUUCCCCAAACUUUGCCUCCGUGGUGGUAAGUUUAUCCCUGACCCAGCGAAGGCUCCAAGACGUGGUGACGUCCAGCAUAAGCUGCCGUCGAUCACUUUCUUCCACCGAGAACACUCUGAAUCAUCUAGAAGGCUCUCUGCUCGUCUGGAACCAAAGGCCACAACAUGACGUCCCAGAUCCCAGCGCCCCCACAGCCUGACACUCCGAGGACUGACAGCGUCUUCUCCAUCCUGUCUGGGUUCUACUCUCUGGACUCCGGUGUUCCUGGGCUCUCUAAGGUGAUUCUCAACAAGCUCAACAUGAAGGAUUACGGAGAAUACAGGGCUGCUGUUGGGGGAAAGGCCAAAGGCAUCUCGUUCCGCAACUACAAGGAGAUGUUCAAGAAGAUGGAGGAGACCUUCGAGUUUUGCACCAGCUGCAAAAAACUCCCAGCGCAUCUCACCGAGGGUCAGACCCUGAAACGCUGCGUUAAGUGCCUGAAUGUUUACUACUGCACCAAAGACUGUCAGAGAAAGGACUGGCCUCAGCAUAAAAAGGUCUGCAAGAUGCUACGCCUGGUGGCCAUUGACAGAUUAGUGGAGUGGCUGAUGUUCACUGGAGACCUCCCCCUACCCACGGAGAAGUGGUCCAAGCCAGCUGCUGAGGUGAAGAAUUGGGACGACUGGCUUCACAUGCAGGGGGACCUCACGCCACAUCUAGACGCCAUCUUGCCUGGUGCCAACAUGGUAACCCUUUGGACGAACGCCAGCAGGCCCAGGCCGGAUGACUCUGACCUGCAACAGUCUUUAUGGCGGAUUCAGAGCGAGUUCCUCUCCCGAGUUCUCACAGUUGGGAUGGCCAUGCAACACUUUGGCCUUGACCCGUAUGCUAAACCGCUUACUAUUCACAUAGCGGGGGCGUCUCACAAUGAGACCAUGGCAGCCAGACCGACGGACUACGAUGAGCUGAACAACAUGUUCCCCGAACACCAGGGCAUAGAGAUAGUCAUGGUGGGACCAGAGGUGGUGGACGGCCCCAUCACGAGGCCUCCUCUCAGCGAGUUUGGCCCCAGGCAGAGAGUCUACAUCAGCGCCCACAAGGGCCUCUACCACCAGUUCUGGGAAGAUGUGGUGGACAAAGAGGAAGCAGCCAAGCCAGACCUGGUGGUGGGAUUUCAUCCCGGGUUCCACGCUAACCAGGGUCUGGCAGAAGGUUGGCUGCCCACCCUUCUGCUUCUCAGAGACUAUAACAUCCCUUCGUUCUUCACCAUGUACAGCGAGGCGGAGCUCAAGUCCUCACUCCAGAUCCUGUUGGAGUUGGAGAUGCACAUCAGGGACUGUGGGAGCAAUCCAUUCACCUCACAGAAACCAGAGCAGGUCCAGUCUUGCCCAAACACAACGCCAGUCUUCUGCAACUCUCACUACGUCCGUUUCCAGGGAUUGCUGCCUCAAGAAGACUUAGAGGAGCCUGGGCUCGACAAUUAAGAGAACGUCAUGUGGAAAACCCAAGCCUGUACAGAAGUUUGUACUCUAUUGGUUCCCUGAGGUAGCAUGGUAGUUAGAUUCAAAGGGUCAUGGGUGUGUACAUAUGUAAUGAGACCAAAAUGAGUUCAUCUUUUUAUGGUUCUCUGUAAUUUGGUCUGCGGCUGGACGUAUUCCCAAAACUCACAAUAGCGGCAUGAAAUCAGAUCAUAUGCAUACUAAUGUAACACAUUAUGUAAAAUUACACCUAAAUAAAUUAGACACUGCCGCAGUGCCGGAAUUUAGUUUAUUUUACCUUUUGUGAUGCUGCUUUGUAGCUGUUGCUGGACUCUGAGUGGUGAGUGUGUGUUCUGGAUUAACACCACAGACAGUAGAAUAGUCCUGGUGUGCUGAUUGGAGACUCUCCAUAAGCUAUUAUGCCUUUUCCCUGAUGCUUUAAAAUAAAAAUAAAAUCAUCUUAAAAAUGACAAGCCACAUUAAGACAAUCUUUAUAUGACAGACCUGCUUUAGAAUCUGCUAUCUGUGACAAGGAAAAAUUAAUUUCCCUGGAGUUUAUUGGAUUAAUGUGGGAAAACAACUAAUAAUACUGAAUAAUGACACUGAUACAAAUGUGUUAAACACACCAUCACACCUAUGUGUGUCCAUUGUUUUGCUCCAUCAGCAGGACAUGUUUUACAGUCUGUAUUUACAGUGAGACUCUGCCCUCUAGUGGAUGACAGUGGAUAUGCAAAAUAUAGGUCGCGUUGUGGUUGUAAUAGGGGGCCUCGGGGCUUUUUUUGAAAUGGCCAUAUAUGUCCAGGUGAGUUAGAUUUAGAAUGAAUUAACUUCAAUUAAAAUAAUUCUGGGU